GUGUGUACUGCCGAAAAGUGAAGGGAGUCUGUCGUAAAAUGGUAGCAACAAUGAUGCCAGUAGAGAGUUCAGAGCUAAAAGUCAGUAGAUAAUAAACUUUUGCUAUUUCAAAGGCACUUGUUGUAUUGCAUACUUAUGUUGAAUGGAUUCGAUUCGAGGCGCCUGUCCCAAGUCGGUAGCCUACGUUAGGGGAGCACUAAACUGAAUUGAUAUCCAGCUAUAUUAGCGUUAAAAUGACAUCAUUCAACGGAGGGGGAGGGAACCAUGUACUUGUGGAAGUGAGCCCAGAUAUCCACAUCUGUGGCUUCUGUAAGCAGCAGUACAAUAACUUUGAGGUCUUUCUGGCCCACAAGCAAAAUGGCUGCCAUAUACCUUCCUCUAACAUAUCAGCAUCUAACUCCGCACCCACUCUUACGGAUUCCAGCACAGAGUUUUUUGAGGAAACCUACCAGACAUGUGUUAUGAGAGGUGUCAAAAAGAUCCUGACCAAAGCCCCAAAAACACCUUCCAAAAAAAUAAAACCUGCCCUGACUUCAAAGAGACGCAGCUGCUGUUUCUCAGGUUGCUCUUUCAAGACACAGUACGGUCAAAAAGACAUGGAGCGGCAUCUCAAAACGCAUACUGGUGAGAAGCCGUUUGAAUGUGAGCUGUGCCAAAAGCGGUUCAGCCGGAGGGACAAGCUGAACAUGCACCUCCGAUCCCACACGGGAGAGAAGCCUCACAAGUGCAAGUACUGUCCCUACGCUGCGGCCGACAGCAGCAGUCUGAAGAAACACCUCCGUAUCCACUAUGACGAGAGGCCCUUCAAGUGCCAGAUCUGCCCCUACGCCAGCCGCAACUCCAGCCAGCUCACCGUGCACCUCCGCUCACACACUGGGGAUGCACCUUUCCAGUGCACUCAGUGUGAAGCAAAGUUCAAGAUCAACUCUGACCUGAAGAGGCACAUCCGCAUCCACUCGGGUGAGAAGCCUUAUAAGUGUGACUUCUGUGAGUACCGCUGUGCCAUGAAGGGCAACCUGAAAUCCCACGUCCAGAUAAAACACGGCACGUCCAACUCUUUUCCCUGCCCUGACUGUGACUUCCAGUGCACCAAUAAGACAGCCCUGCGUCAGCACUCGCGAGAGCACCAGCCCACUCAACCCAUCCAGUGCUCCAAGUGCAUCUACUCUUGCUCCAGCAAGGGGGCGCUCAAGGUCCAUGAGCGGAUCCACUCUGAAGAGCGACCCUUCAAAUGUGACUUCUGCAGUUUCGCCACCAAGCAGCGCAGCAACCUGGUUAUCCACAAGAAGAAGUGCCAUGCGGACAAACCUGAGAAGGGGGCAGUUGUUGGUGGGAAAGGAGGCAAAGCCAGUGUUGGUAACGGAGAGGACCCUGCCAAGCCUGUGAGCUCCCGGUACCGGGCCAAGCUGGAUGCGACACGGGCCUUCCGCUGUGACCUGUGCGAGGCGUCAUUUGUGAGGGAGGACUCUCUGCGCAGCCACAGGAAGCAGCACCGGGAAUCAGGAUCUGAGCCGACUCUUUCCUUGACGCUCCAGCCCAUUACCUCCCAGCCCAGUAGUGUGACUGUGAGCCCUUUAUCCAGGCAGGACAGCCACACCACCCAGCUCCCCCUCCACCAUGUCCCCCUAGCUCCCCUGGCCCCCUACAGCAGUGCCCAGCUUAAGAUCAUAGUAUCCCACCCUUUGGGUCAGGAGGGCUCCUUCCAUCCCCUGCAGGCUGGGGUGGGUGUGGACAUUGGGCAGCACCAGCAUCACACCAAGGGUUCUUCCGCCGUCCUCCUGAGCCCAGAGAGUCAGGACAUCGUGGUCAACUCCAUGAUCCAGCAGGUCAACCUGAGCCUCACGCCCAUGCAGCAUAUAGGAGGUCCAACAGAGGGCGCUGGUCUGGAGCCUGGGACGGUCCUGCUGACACACCUCUCCUCAGAGGACAGCAGUAACCCUCUGCACCAGGCCCUACUGCAGACAGCCAUUACCUCCCAGAUCUCUUCAGCAGCCCACAGCACACAGGCCUUCAUCACCACCUGCUCAGACCUGGAGGGCUUUAACGCUCUUAUCCAGGAGGGGGGCACCGAGGUUACUGUGGUGACGGAGGGAGGGAACCACAGUAACCUAGUCGCCACGGCCACCUCCAUGUUCCCGCUCCCGGACAUGAUGUGUAGCGAAGGUGGCCCUUCGGAAGACUUGGCCAAGCAGGCACAUGUAACAGUGGUGCACGGGGUUGGGGACAAUAGCCUUACCACCUGUGAGGAGGACAGUAGUCUCAUUGUCCCUAGCAUCAGUUUAGGCAGCCAGGGAGUGGUCAUCCACAGCUUGCCUCUGGUGGUGACUGCCCAGAACCAGCCUGUUCUAGAACAACUCUCAGUCUCUACACAGAACCUCUAUUCAGUGUCGGACACACACAACAUGGACGGCCUCCAAGACUGACUAGACCACCAUUACUGAAGGUCAACAGGUCAAAUAGAUAUUUAUAACAAACGGUUAGAUGGCAGCUAAUGUUCCGUUACAGAGUGAUGACUCUUGACUCAUGUCAUGCUUAGAUGAAUUUAGUUGUUACUCAUAAAUUCAGGCUUGAAUGAAGUAUGUUUUGUACAACCUCGUCAAAAUCGGAUUAUUUUAAAUCUUUGACAUGUUUCCCAAUCGUUAACUUUUCAAUUCCGAUGAACACGAAGGCCAUGCAUUGCUUAAAGUGUCAUGAAACUAGGCAUUUCAGAAAAACAAAUUAAAACAAUAUCUGCUUGUG